GGUGCAUAUGUAUUCCACACAAGCAUAGAGUCUAAGGCUCUAAGCUGGUAAUCAAGAUGGCUUCUUCCACGCCAUACCUUGUCGUGCUCUUGUGCCUCACGAGCCUGCUGCAGGCAUCGCUGACGGCGGCGAACCCGUCAUUUGAGCUGCCGGAAUCCGAGGUGAGAAGCAGGUUUUCCAAGUGGAUGACCAAGUACUCGAAGCACUACUCAUGCCAUGAGGAGGAGGAGAAGCGGUUCGGAAUCUUCAAGCAGAACACCAACUCCAUCGGCGCUUUCGCCAGCCAGACUACGGUCAACGGCGGCGUGGGUGGGUUCGGGCCUCAGACCAUCACCACGGUCAGGGUGGGCAUGAACAGGUUCGGCGACCUCAACCCCAGCGAGGUCGUCGAGCAGUUCACCGGGUUCAACAACACCGGCUUCCGCACCCCGAAGCCCUCACCCCUCCCCUACCACUCCUGGAAGCCUUGCUGCGUCGACUGGCGCUCCAGCGGCGCCGUCACCGGCAUCAAGUUUCAAGGCUCUUGCUUGUCGUGCUGGGCGUUCGCGGCCGUGGCGGCCAUCGAAGGCAUGAACAAGAUCAGGACCGGCGAGCUGGUGUCGCUCUCGGAGCAGCAGCUCGUGGACUGCGACACCGGUAGCAGCGGCUGCAGCGGUGGGCGCUCCGACACGGCGCUCGGCCUCGCGGCAACCCGCGGCGGCAUCACGUCGGAGGCCAAGUACCCGUACAGCGGCAUCCAGGGCACCUGCAACGUGGACAAGCUCUUGUUCGACAACCAGGCGUCCGUCAAGGGCUUCAAGGCCGUGCCUCCCAACGACGAGCAUCAGCUGGCGCUCGCCGUGGCGCGGCAGCCCGUGACGGUGUACAUCGACGCCAGCGCGUGGGAGUUUCAGUUCUACACCGGUGGCAUCUACCGCGGCCCUUGCUCCUCCGAUGCGUCGAGGGUGAACCACGCCGUCACCAUCGUCGGCUACUGCGAAGGCCCCGGAGAGGACAACAAGUACUGGAUCGCCAAGAACUCGUGGAGCAACGACUGGGGUGACCAGGGCUACAUCUACCUCGCCAAGGACGUGCCGUGGAAGACGGGAACCUGCGGCCUCGCCACCUCGCCCUUCUACCCAACGGCUUGACGACCCAUGCCGGUUUGCCAGUGGAGCGUUUGCAUUCGCCAGCUUCUUAUGUUGUUUUAUUUUAUUUGAGAGAGGCAAAUUGCAUACAUAGGUCACCAAAUGAUUGAUGGAUGCGUGGUGUUAUUUUUUUCGGCUGUGAUAAUGCAUAAUAAGAUAUUAAUGAAGUACAAAAUCAUUUGGCUCAA